UUACUGCUUACUGUAUAUUAUUUAAACAUCAUAAUGGCUUCUAUCUUUUCACUCAAAGGCAAAAAGGCAAUCGUUACUGGUGGUGCUAGAGGUCUCGGUCUCGAGAUGAGCAGAGGUCUCGCUGAGGCUGGUGCAGAUGUUGCUCUUAUGUAUGUCUCAGAUGAUAAGACUCAUGAUACCGCUGCUGAAAUUGCCAAGCAAUAUGGUGUGGUCUGCAAGGCUUACAAGGCAGAGAUUACCAAUGCAAAGGCCGUCAAGGAUUCAAUUGAUCAGAUCCAUUCUGAUUUUGGUGGUAUUGAUAUCUUUGUCGCAAACGCCGGUAUUUCCAUUGGAGGAGCAGCAGAGACUUUUGAUAUCGAAAACUGGCAAAAGCUGUUUGACGUGAAUGUCAAUGGUGUAUUCUAUGGUGUCCAGGCUGUUUCAAAAUACAUGUUGGAGAAGAAGCAGGGCAGUGUUAUCCUUAUUUCUUCUAUCUCUGCUACUGUUGCCAACCAGCCUCAAGCCCAGUGUGGUUACAACUGCACCAAAGGUGCCGUGUCAUCAAUGGCUAAGUGUCUUGCCACUGAAUGGGCCACACGUGGUGUACGUGUUAAUGCAAUUAACCCUGGCUACAUGCGCACUGAGAUGUUGGACAAGAUCUUUGCUACUCAACCCGAACUUGCUGCUGCCUGGACUAACUUGAUUCCUAUGCGUCGUAUGGGUAACCCCAAGGAACUCAAGGGCGCUGUUGUAUUUUUGGCUAGUGACGCCAGUAGCUAUGUCACUGGCUCUGAACUUUAUGUGGACGGUGGUUACACAGCUGUCUAAAUACUGUACUGUACUCCACCUUUCUCAACAUUUCUUCCAUCGUUCUUGUAGUUUCUCUCUCUAUCUCUUGCUCCUGUUUGUUUAACUAUUUUAUUUAUGUUAUUUAUUUUAAUACAAUCAUACCUUAUUCUACUUAUACUAUUAAAAGAAGAACUCGCAUUCUAUUCGUUAGAAUAAUACUUUCUGUUUCUUUCUUCAUCCCUCCAUUUGCUUAUCUCAUUAUAAUACAUGGAAAAAAGAAGGAUGAAGUUGUCAACGAU